GAGCUCGUUACCGAUGGCGCGCUGCCACACUGCGCCUCGACAGCGCGGGGUAAUCCCCCGCCACCACAGCGCGCGAAUGCGAGGCUCCGUCACAGCACGGUCCCAGUCCGGCAACACGUGCUCUUCCCAUAUGCGCUGGAGCGUCUCGCGAGUGUUAUCUUUCUCACACUGGGCGGAAGCAGCCUUGGCGGCCUUGCGUUUUUCUGCAAGUCGGUUAGUAACCCAUUCAAUUCAUCCUAUCAGACAAUGGACGAACCCGCUUCCCGUGCUUGGGCCAUCAUCUUUUUAUACUCUCUGAGGUGCCUCUGUUCUUCUUUCGGGUCUUUUGGCGGCAGCCAGCUGGGACGAGUGCGGCUCAGAACCUUUUCCUUCUCCUUGCUCACGGGCAAGGGGUCGAUCAUAAUGUUCGAUUUCUGCAAUGGGGGGAGAUCGGGAAUGCUGCCUGAUCCCCGCUUCGAGUCCAUACUCGAGCGGCGGGAGGACUUGCCGCUCUGGAGCUUCUCUUCUCGUUUUCGCUCCGUAUCGUCGGCGUGGAGUUCCAGCGCUUCUGUCAAGACCUUGACUUCUUCCGACAACUCGGCCAUCGCGAGAUUGUAG